AUUUUCGAACCCAGCGAAUCACGUUCGAAAGAGCGACAAUUUAAACCACGGUGUAGAAAUAGUGUUACAUCUAGCUCGCUUGAGUACAAUCAACCAGUUUGUUCAUCGAGACGCAGCGAUAAGCUUCCAAAGAAAUAAUGGCUCUCCGUGUCACAAGGAACACACGCCUGGCCAGCAGCGAGAAUCAGAGCGCUCUGCCCGGAAAAGCAGCUGUAGCCAACAAGCCCGGACUCCGACCCCGGGCUGCGCUGGGGGAGAUCGGCAACAAUCCCCAGACACGACAGGCUUUGAGGAAGAAGCAGGAGGUGAAGGUUGCACCCAAGGUGGAGGUUGUGGCUGAGAAGGCGCCUGUGGUUCAGCAGCCCAAAAAGGAUUCCCCUAAAAUUCAACCUGAUGUUCAGCUUGUGUCUGAGCCCUCAUCUCCUGUUCCCAUGGAGACCUCUGGCUGUGCUUCAGAUGAUCUGUGUCAGGCAUUCUCUGAUGUUCUGCUUAAUAUCAAGGAUGUGGAUGCAGAUGACUAUGAUAAUCCCAUGCUCUGCAGUGAAUACGUCAAGGACAUCUACUUGUAUCUACGCCAGCUUGAGACUGAGCAAGCAGUUAAGCCAAAAUAUCUUGACGGAAAGGAGGUUACGGGAAAUAUGCGUGCAAUUCUUAUUGACUGGCUUGUGCAAGUCCAAAUUAAGUUCAGGCUGCUUCAGGAGACCAUGUACAUGACCGUUGCAAUCAUUGAUCGCUUCCUUCAGGAUCAUCCAGUUCCAAAGAAGCAGCUCCAGCUUGUUGGCGUAACAGCCAUGUUCAUUGCAUCGAAGUAUGAAGAGAUGUACCCACCAGAGAUUGCAGACUUCGCCUUUGUAACUGACCGUGCCUAUACUACUGGUCAGAUCCGGGAGAUGGAGAUGAAAAUCCUCAGAGUCCUGAACUUCAGCUUUGGGAGACCCCUGCCUCUACAGUUCCUUAGGAGAGCCUCCAAGAUUGGAGAUGUUACCGCAGAGCAUCACACACUGGCCAAGUACUUCCUGGAGCUCACCAUGGUUGACUAUGAUAUGGUCCACUUUCCUCCCUCCCAGGUGGCUAGCGCAGCUUAUGCCCUUACACUGAAGGUGUUCAACUGUGGUGACUGGACACCUACUCUUCAACACUAUAUGGGCUACACUGAAGACACGCUGGUUCCUGUGAUGCAGCAUAUUGCCAAAAAUGUUGUGAGGGUCAAUGAGGGGCUUUCAAAGCAUCUGGCUGUGAAGAACAAGUACUCCAGUCAGAAGCAGAUGAGAAUUGCCUCAAUUUCUCAACUGAAGUCGUCAUUGAUCAAGGACCUGGCCAAGCAGAUCUCAUAGUGUGGGAUUGUUGAAGAGACUUAAGCACUAUGUGCUGCUUUGUAAAAAUUGUAACUUAUGCAUGCUUUUACUUCUCUUUUUAUCCUUUUUACAGAUUUCAUCUACACUGCCAUUUGAGUAAAGAACCCUUUUUAAGAUGAUUCAAAGUGUUUAUGCAACUGUACACUUUCAAAUAAACAUUUUAAACUCAA